CUGGAAUUGUAUCUUCACAUCUCGUAUACUCGUCGCCGCCGGCAGCCACCGUCCUAUAUCCACUUCACUAUCACCGGCAUCUCGAAGUCUCCAAGUCGCUUGCUCGCAUCGUCGCUGUGGCACACUCGCAUCGCAUUGUCCAUUGCUCGAAAACCUUGAAAUCUUGAAUGGAAGAAGAAAAGGGCGGUCAAGAAGACUCUGUUUUCACACAGUUAACCGAAGCUGUUGCCGCCAACUCUGAAGACCCUUCCCUCCAUUUCAAUCUUGGUUUGUUCCUGUGGAAGGGGAUUGGAGAAGAAUCUAAGGAAAAGGCGGCAGAGCAUUUUGUGAUUGCAGCAAAACUCAACCCACAAGAUGCAAAUGCUUUUAGGUAUUUGGGCCAUUACUAUAGCAGAGUUGAUACUCAGAGAGCUCUCAAGUGUUAUCAGAGAGCUCUCAAUCUCGCUCCUCAAGAUUCUGAAUCUGGGGAGUCGAUGUGUGAUUUGUUGGACAAAGAAGGAAAAGAGAGCUUGGAGGUUGCUGUCUGUCGUGAAGCUUCAGGGAAGUCGCCAAGGGCCUUUUGGGCAUUUCGUAGACUAGGUUUUCUACAGGUCCAUCAGAAGAAGUGGUCUGAAGCAGUUCACAAUCUUCAGCAGGCCAUCAGAGGAUAUCCUACAUCUGCUGAUUUAUGGGAAGCCUUAGGUCUUGCCUAUCAGCGAUUAAGCAUGUUCACAGCUGCCAUUAAGUCAUAUGGUCGAGCUAUAGAGUUGGAGGAAUCACGAGUAUUUGCAUUGGUUGAGAGUGGAUAUGUCUUCUUGAUGCUUGGUUCACAUCGAAAGGGAGCUGAGCAUUUUCAGCAAGCUUUACAGAUAUCACCUGAAAAUGUAGCCGCACACUAUGGACUUGGGUGUGCGCUUCUUGAAUUAUCAAAGGAAUGUAUAAGCUCAGGUGCAUUCAGAUGGGGAGCUUCAAUAUUAGAGGAGGCGUCAAAAGUUGCAAAAACUGGUACAUGCUUGGCGAAAAAUGUUUCAUGCAUGUGGAAGUUGCACGGUGAUAUUCAGCUUACAUAUGCAAAGUGUUUCCCGUGGAUGGAUGAAAACCCCAUCUUAGAAACAGAUAAGAAAGCUUUGACUGCUUCCAUCCUUUCAUGGAAAAACACCUGCUCUUCAGCUGCACUGAGUGCCAGGCAUUCCUAUCAACAGGCACUGCAUUUGGCUCCAUGGCAAGCCAACAUCUACACAGAUAUUGCUGUCACAAUAGAUGUAAUAAACUCUUUUAAGGAGGAGGAGAAACAUGAUUCUAUCCAAAGGGAACUACCUGAGAAAAUGAUUUUAGGGGGAUUAUUACUCGAGAGUUCCAACAAUGAGUUCUGGGUUGCAUUAGGAUGCUUAUCCCAUCGUGUGGAAUUGAAACAACAUGCUUUUAUCAGGUCACUGCAGUUGGAUGUGUCAUUAGCUGUUGCAUGGGCAUAUCUUGGGAAGCUCUACAGAAAACAGGGUGAAAAUAAAUUGGCCCAGCACGCAUUUGAUCGUGCCAGGAGUAUUGAUCCUUCACUUGCAUUACCGUGGGCAGGCAUGUCAGCAGAUAUGUCUAUUAGGGCGCUCAAGCCAGAUGAAGCUUAUGAUUGCUGUUUACGGGCUGUGCAGAUACUACCACUUCCAGAAUUUCAGAUGGGUCUUGCAAAGCUUGCUCUGCUUUCUGGUCAACUUUCAUCGUCAGAGGUAUUUGGACCCAUACGUCAGGCCUUGCAUCGUGCACCCCAAUAUCCUGAAUCUCACAAUCUUCUAGGGCUUGUUUGUGAGGCAAGACAUGAUUAUCAGUCUGCUACCACCUCGUAUAGGUUAGCACGUUGUGCAAUGAACACUUCUUUUGGUGACACUACAAAACUCCUUGAUAUAUCAAUUAAUUUGGCAAGGUCGCUCUGUAAGGGAGGCAAAGCUUACGAGGCAGUGGAGGAAUGUGAAGAAUUAAAGAAGACAGGGCUUCUGGACUGGGAAGGUUUACAUAUGUAUGCUCUAUCAUUAUGGCAACUUGGCAAGAAUGAUCAGGCUUUGUCUGUGAUUAGGAUUCUAGCUGCACGUGUUAAAUCAUUGGAACCAAGAUUGGCAUCCACCUCCAUAAGCUUCAUAUGUAGAUUGCUUUACUACAUUCAUGGGCGGGAAGCAGUGAUGACGACCAUACUGAAAAUGCCUAAGGAUUUAUUUAAUAGUUCAAAAGCUAGUUUUGUGGUAUCUGCCAUCCAUACUUUGGAUCAAAGCAAUCAGCUUGAGGCAGUUGUCUCAAGUAGUCGCUCUUCCCUCCUAACUCAUGAUGAAAUUACAGGAAUGCAUUUUCUGAUAGCACUAAGCAAAUUGGUAAAAAAUGGUUCAGAGCAUCGCCUGGGAUUUCAGAGUGGAAUAGAUCACCUUAAAAAAAAUCUCCACAAGUAUCCUAACAGUUAUUUGCUAAGGAAUGUUCUUGGUUAUCUCCUAAUAUCUAGUAAUGAACGGAAAGAUACGCACUUAUCAACUAGAUGCUUUACUGUGAGAAGCAGCCCUUCGGAAUGUCCCAAGGAAGAAGGUUUAAUGAGUGCACCUGAGAUCCUUGGUGCGAGUGUCGUUGCUUGCUACAGCACUGGGAAUUUCAACGAUAAAUACUCUUUCUCUACCUGUAAAGACCAAUCGCCACAUAGACAUGGGUCGCUCAAACUAUUGCAAAAGUGGUGUCAUCAAGAACCAUGGAACAAAAACGCACGAUACCUUCUAAUUCUCAACUAUUUUCAGAAGGCACAUGAAGAGAGAUACCAUCAACAUAUAUGUUUGGGACUAAAAAGGCUAAUUGGUGCGGCUCUUUCAGAUGAAUCUCGUCACUAUCAAAAGUUCCAGCUUUUACUUUGUGCUUCCGAGAUAAGUUUGCAAAGUGGCGACCACAUUGGCUGCAUAAAUCACGCUAAAAAUGCUUCAAAGCUUUCUGUUCUCGAUGGGUAUCUCUUCUUUGCCCAUUUGCUACUAUGCCGUGCCUACGCUGCAGAAAAUAAUCGAGUCCUGUUACGUGAAGAGUAUAUGAGAUGCUUGGAUUUGAGAACCGAUUAUCAUAUCGGUUUGAUUUGCCUUAAAUAUAUUGAAUGUCAAUACGAGCUACAGACAGAUGAAAGUAUAAUUGAAUUGAGGUUUGAAGAAUGUUCUAAGGAUAUAAAGUAUUCAAGGAAUGCAUGGAUGGCUAUAUUGAAAUUUGUCCAGGGACUGAUUGCUGUUUGGGAUGGGAAUUUUCUUGGUGCGGAAGAGUUUUUCGCUCAUGCAUGUUCGUUAAACGAUUCCGAAAGUUGUCUGUUUUUGUGCCACGGUGCCAUCUGUAUGGAACUCGCGAGACAGGAAUGCAACUCGGACUACUUGCUGCUGGCGGUGGGGAGUCUGAAGAAAGCUAGAUACAUUAGCCGUGCCCCUUUACCUAUCCUGCAAUUGCUACUAGCACAAGCGGAAGCAAGCCUUGGAUACAAAGCGCAAUGGGAGCAGUACCUUAAGUUUGAAUGGUUAUCUUGGCCUCCAGAGAUGAGGCCGAGCGAGAUGUUUCUUCAGAUGCAUUUGAUUUCAAGAGAAUCGCACGAUGCUAUCUACGCUUCAUCAAGAAUGAAAAAUCCUUUGAGAUGGAUUCUUCAAGCGAUACAUAUGAAUCCUUCGUGUUCGAGAUAUUGGAAAGUUUUGCAAAAUUCGUAACCUUAAUGUCGGUUUUUUAGUCAACACUUCUAUGUUCUUGUAAGCUUUCAUGUUCAUAUGCCGAAUGUAAAACCAACCCUUUGGAAUUUAAGUUUAGAGAAUGCAUGAUAGUUGCUAAUUAUAAC